AUGGGGGAGUUCUGGGCUCAGGUGUGCUGCCGGCCCUUCUGCGGGCCCCCUGCCCCCCACCCAGUGCCGGAGUGGAGCCAGUCUCUGUCUGCCUUAGAAACCCUACUGAACACGAAAUUGGAAACCGCCGACCUGAAGUGGGUGACUUACCCUCAGGUGGAAGGGCAGUGGGAGGAGGUGAGCGGCCUGGACGAAGAGCAACACAGCGUGCGGACCUACGAGGUGUGUGACCUGCAGCGGUCCCCAGGCACGGCCCACUGGCUUCGCACUGGCUGGGUCCCUCGGCGGGGCGCCGUCCACGUGUACGCCACCCUGCGCUUCACCAUGCUGGAGUGCCUCUCCCUGCCCCAGGCCGGGCGCACCUGCAAGGAGACUUUCACCGUCUUCUACUACGAGAGCAACGCCGACACAGCCACAGCCCUCACCCCGGCCUGGAUGGAGAACCCCUACAUCAAGGUGGACACAGUGGCUGCUGAGCACCUGACCCGGAAACGCCCUGGGGCUGAGGCCACUGGGAAGGCGAAUGUCAAGACCUUGCGCUUGGGCCCGCUCACCAAGGCCGGCUUCUACCUGGCCUUCCAGGACCAGGGUGCCUGCAUGGCCCUGCUGUCCCUGCACCUCUUCUAUAAGAAGUGCGCUCAGCUGACCGUGAACCUGACUCGCUUCCCAGAGACUGUGCCUCGAGAGCUCGUGGUGCCUGUGGCCGGGAGCUGCGUGGCCGAUGCUGUGCCUGCCUCUGGCCCCAGCCCCAGCCUCUACUGCCGGGAGGAUGGCCAGUGGGCAGAGCAGCUGGUCACAGGCUGUAGCUGUGCUGUAGGGUUUGAGGCAGCUGAGGGCAAUACCAGGUGCCGAGCCUGUGCCCAGGGCACCUUUAAGCCCCAGGCAGGGGAGGGGUCCUGCCAGCCAUGCCCAGCCAACAGCCACACCAACACCAUUAGCUCCAACUACUGCCAGUGCCGAAACGGGUACUUCCGGGCUCCCACGGACCCCUGGGGUGCACCCUGUACCACCCCUCCCUCUGCGCCCCGUAGCGUGAUUUCCCGACUGAACGGGUCCACCCUCCGCCUGGAAUGGAGCGCCCCGCUGGAGUCUGGCGGCAGAGACGACCUCACCUACUCGCUCCGCUGCCGAGAGUGCCGCCCGGGGGCCCCCUGCACCCCCUGCGGAGACCUGACCUUCGACCCCGGACCCCGGAACUUGGUGGAGCCCUGGGUGGCCGUUCGGGGGCUACGUCCUGCCGUCACCUAUACCUUGGAGGUCUCCGCCCUGAACGGGGUUUCCUUCUUAGCCUCGGGUCCGGUGCCCUUCGAGCCUGUCAAUGUCACCACCGACCGCCAGGUGCCCCCUGCCGUGUCCGACAUCCAGGUGACGUGGUCUUCAAGCAGCAGCCUGACCCUGACCUGGACUGUCCCCCAAGCGCCCAGCGGGGCUGUGCUGGACUACGAGGUCAAGUACCAUGAGAAGGGCGCAGAGGGCCCCAGCAGCGUGCGGUUCCUGAAGACGGCAGAAAACAAGGUGGAGCUUCAAGGGCUGAAGCGGGGAGUCAACUACCUGGUCCAGGUGCGGGCGCGGUCUGAGGCUGGCUACGGGCCCUUUGGCCAGGAGCACCACAGCCAGACCCAGCUGGACGAGAAUGAGAGUUGGCGGGAGCAGCUGGCCCUCAUUGCAGGCACGGCCGUCGUGGGCGUGGUGCUGGUCCUGCUGGUGGUCAUCAUAGCCGUCAUCUGCCUCAGGAAGCAGAGCAGCGGGCGAGAAGCAGAGUACUCCGACAAACACGGACAGUAUCUCAUCGGGCACGGUACGAAGGUCUAUAUCGACCCCUUCACUUAUGAAGAUCCCAAUGAGGCCGUGAGGGAGUUUGCAAAGGAAAUUGACGUCUCCUAUGUGAAGAUCGAGGAGGUCAUUGGCGCAGGUGAGUUUGGCGAGGUGUGCCGGGGGCGGCUCAAGGCCCCAGGCAAGAAGGAGAGCUGCGUGGCCAUCAAGACCCUGAAGGGGGGCUACACGGAGCGGCAGCGGCGGGAGUUUCUGAGCGAGGCGUCCAUCAUGGGCCAGUUUGAGCACCCCAACAUCAUCCGCUUGGAGGGCGUGGUCACCAACAGCGUGCCCGUCAUGAUCCUCACGGAAUUCAUGGAGAACGGCGCCUUGGACUCCUUCCUGCGGCUGAACGACGGGCAGUUCACCGUCCUCCAGCUGGUGGGCAUGCUGCGGGGCAUCGCCUCGGGCAUGCGGUACUUGGCGGAGAUGAGCUACGUCCACCGAGACCUGGCCGCCCGCAACAUCCUGGUCAACAGCAACCUGGUCUGCAAGGUCUCGGACUUUGGCCUGUCCCGGUUCCUGGAGGAGAACUCUUCCGAUCCCACCUACACCAGCUCUCUGGGAGGCAAGAUCCCCAUCCGAUGGACAGCCCCGGAGGCCAUUGCCUUCCGGAAGUUCACAUCGGCCAGUGACGCCUGGAGCUAUGGGAUCGUGAUGUGGGAGGUCAUGUCGUUUGGGGAGCGGCCUUAUUGGGAUAUGAGUAAUCAGGACGUGAUCAACGCCAUUGAGCAGGAUUACCGGCUGCCCCCACCCCCCGACUGCCCCACCGCCCUGCACCAGCUCAUGCUGGACUGUUGGCAGAAGGACCGGAAUAGCCGGCCCCGCUUCCCGCAGGUGGUCAGCGCCCUCGACAAGAUGAUCCGGAACCCUGCCAGCCUCAAAAUCGUGGCCAGGGAGAACGGCGGGGCCUCGCACCCGCUCCUGGACCAGCGACAGCCUCACUACUCGGCCUUCGGCUCUGUGGGCGAGUGGCUGCGGGCCAUUAAGAUGGGAAGAUACGAAGAAAGCUUCGCAGCUGCCGGGUUUGGCUCCUUCGAGCUGGUCAGCCAGAUCUCCACCGAGGAUCUGCUGCGCAUUGGAGUCACCUUGGCAGGCCACCAGAAGAAAAUCCUGACCAGCGUCCAGCACAUGAAAUCCCAGGCCAAGCCUGGAGCUCCAGGCGGACCGGGAGGCCCAGCCCCUCAGUACUGACCGGCGCCUCUGGGCCCCACAGCCCUGGAGCCCUGGACCAAGCCUCCCCUUCUUCCUGGGGCAGAGUUGGGUGCGGACUCUCAUAGAGGCCCCUUCCCUGCUCCCCACUGGAUUGCACUUUGAACCCAGGGGGUUGGGAGUUGGCAAUUUGGAGAGAGUGGAUGGAUCUGGGGACUCCUCCCUGUGUGUGGGGGGUGUGUGGAAAUGCCCCCAACGUGGGGGACCCCAGACUGUGGAGGAGGGAGCCCUUCGCUGAGAAAGGCCUGCCCCUCAGCUGCCACUGCGGUGCCUGGGUGGGAACCACACAGCACAGCCCGGGCCCAGUUAGGGCUUCCGUCCAAGUGCCCCCUCACCUCCCUGGGCCUUGUCCUCAGACCAAAGAGGAGGGUGACUAGCCUGUGAGCCCGGGAGUGGAGUGGUGGCCCAGUGACAGAAUCAUUGGACUUUGGUGUCUCCACCUUGUGCUGUCACCACCGAACUGGCUGCACGCCCCUCCCCCCUUGUACAUGCCCCGCCCCCAUCUGCUGCCUUCAUAUUGAAGGUUUUGAGUUUGAACUCUCUGAUUUUGGUCUUCUCUUGCCUUGUUUGGUUUUUCAACCACCCUCGUCCUGACUUUGGCCCUUGAGGGGACCUGUGUCACCGUCCCCUCCUGUUCUGACCAUAAUCCUGACAUUCCCCUGCCCCCGCCCCCCCCAAUUUCCCUCAAGCAGUGUCCUUGGGGAAGGGGACUGGAGGACAUCACAAUGAGGGCAGUGGGGUGCUGGCGGCAAACAGCCAGGCCUGGGUGCUUGGAGAGGUUCUUAAAUUAUAUUUAAAAAUGUUUUUGUAUAAAUAAAAGGAAAUGGGACGUGUA